GCUCAUACCUUCUCUUUGUUUUGGAACUCAGUUCCUUUUCUGAUGCAGGUUAAAAUAAAACUAAAAUUCUGCGUCAAACUUUGCGAUUAUUUCUAAUUCACAUUUUUUCUCUCGCUGUGAUAAGCUGAAAUGGUUGCUCAAAAUUCAGCGAGAUUCCUGGUCCGUCUGAUGGCCAGACGACGUCGGACGUUUUUAAUCAUCAUUCCUGUGAAUAUUCUCAUCGUCUGGGUUCUUUAUAAUGGCUGGGCAGUCGGUGAUCGGUCAAUCAUUCGCUGGAGUUUUCUGAUGGACAGAACCUUUUUUCGAAACAGCAUCCCAGGAUUUGUCACUUCGCGCAAGCACGACAAGCCCACGGGAACUGUGCUGGCGAUUUUGCCUUCCGUCAACGCAGAAAUUCCUUUCAACGCCGAAUACAUUUUGCACGACGUUUUGGGCCAUACUAUCCAUCAAUGUACCCAUUCUCUCACUCUUCCGCCAAAGGACUGCCAAAUGGCCACUGGUAAAUGUUGGGAUCAUCUUCUGCUGUGGCCCGGGGACUUCAAAUUGGCAAACUCUAUUCCAAACUGGGGGCUGCACAAAUGCCCGAAUGCUUCAGUUUCGUCGUUCCCUGAACUCAAAGAAACCCUUCUUUCGAGGCCAAUUUUAAAACAGCUGCGGCAAGCCAACGGGGUUCUCAAGUCCUUCCAUUUUCCAAAUGAAACCGAAGAAGCCGAGUUCCAUUUUGCGGGAAAAUUCUUGACCAUUUUCAAAUCAACUGGUCAAAGUAAGGAACGUCCAAAGUUGAUGGAGAGGGUCGUUAACGGGAAACCAUGGAGAGACACUUGGGAAACGGCUUCCGGGUUAUUUCUAUUAGCGAAUUUCUUGGUGGAUAUUUUGGGUGAUGUUCAUUUGAUGGACGUGCGGGCAGCUGAGCCCUUCGCCAAAAAUGAGAAAUUGGCCACUUUGCAUGAAUUUUAUCAACUCAUUGGAAUGGACAAGUAUUCCUGUCCGAGUGACUUCAGGGAUCAGUUGGAGGCUUUUUGUCCACCGGAAUGCCGGCAAAAUUUU